AUGAGGCCUGUCACUGUCCUACUGCCUUCACAGGCAUAACUUGUGAUACUGCUGUAACUGAAUUGCAACCAGAGACAAUUGAAAGGCCAGUCCAAGUUGAGAUGGAAAUUUCUGAAGAGUUUAUGCCUAAUUAUGAAAAACCGGAAACGGAGGAUUAUAAAAAUUUUGUUGAAUACUUUGAAAAUCAGAUGGAACCCUAUUAUAAUAAAACAAUUCUAUUCUUUGCGAAGGUGACAGUGAUAAAACUAAGUCCGGGUACCACUUUCACAAACAGAAGAGGAAUCAGAAGCUUGCCUGCGAAAGAAGAGAAACAAAGUGUAAAAGUUCAACAUGAUGUUGUUCUUGAUAUGCCAAACAAUGACAAUAAUGAGGACGAAUACACGUCUGCUUUUAAUAAAGUGGAAGUGGCUCUUGAAGCCUUAAAAAAUGACCCAGCUAGCUUAAACAUCGGCAUUAUCAAUUUCACUGCAUCAGAGACCCAACUCAAUGACGAUGUGUGUAAACGGGUAAUUGAAUUGCUUCCCGAGGAAUACAGGGAAUAUUAUGCAAAAUCUGAAGUGCCAGGCAAAGUGGCGUGUGUGAAUCAAUGCCAUCGAGGUCAUCCAAAUCCAAAAAGAUGUUCAAGAGAUGGGACCUGUGAAGUUUCCAGCCAGGGUCCAUCCUGCUACUGUCGUCAUACUGAUGUUACCUGGUACUUGGGAGGGGAUUGCAGCUACAAAGUUAACAAAGUUGGAUUCUAUGCCGGAUUGGGAGUGGUGGCAGUUAUAGCCGUCAUAACUGUAGCAUUACUGACAGUUUAUCUAGUAAUAAACCAAAAGAAGGCUAAGAGGAGUAAAGACAUUAAGAAAGAGCUUGUGAAAGAGUGGUUGGAGGAUGACUUUGAGUGGCCACAACAAAAAAAGACAUACUCGGGUGGCAGAGCUCCACAUGAUAACCCAGUAUACUCUCAGAGGGACUUUAAUAGGAGGGAUAGUAUGGGUAUGGACAGACAAGAUUUCUCUGCGGGACGAUCAUACACUCAAUAUUCCACACCUGAACCAGGCAUUAAUCUUCAGAAUUUUCAUAGGAAUGUGAAAAUUGACAGGCCUCAGAUCCGCUCAUCUUUUGAAAUUUAAGACUCUUUUUCAAAACUUGAUCACUUUUAUUAUGUUUUCGAACAUGUUUUGCACUUACAGUUUAAAAAAACCACUGGAAAUAGAAUGAAUUAAAGCAUGUAUAAGAUUUGGUCUGUAAAGUUGAUCUUUCUCUAAAGAAUAAUCACAGCAUUUGAAAGAAUUUAAAUGCUACUAAUAAUCCAAUGCUUAUUUCUGUAUGCCUUAGAUGUGUGAAAAAUAUAUAAUCACACAAUGACAUGUUUGAUCACAUGAUGAUGAAAAGCCUAAAAGAAUAUAUUAGAGUGUAGAAAGUUAUCGUUUUUUAUAUGUUGUUCUAAAAUAUCUUUAAUACAUCUUUUCAGUUAUGUUCAUGUUUUAUUAUCGUUAGUAUGAAUAUAGACAUUGAAUUAAUAUGGGUUACAUUGGCCUGUUCAUAAAUAAUAUAUUAAGAAUAUUUAUUGUUAUACUCCACAAAUUAUUAAAUGUCACUUGCCUAUGUUAACUUUUUGAUAAAUUAUCUGCCUUCAUUGUUUCUGUCCUGUCUCUAUAAAUGGGUAGUCGACAAACAAAUCGUACAUGUGUCCUAUAGACAUAGCAGAAUUUAGAAAAUAUACUGUUCAUUUACAUUGUUUUAUCAUUUUAAAAGAUUUUCUGUACUUUUUAUAACACAAAUCUGUGCACGGACACACCACUGGUCAUAGCAAUAAAAUAAAAAAGCUAUAAAACCAU